CAUAGCGAACGGACGUGUUUACGCGUGGGCGUCUUUGUACCAAAAAAUCGAAAUCAAAACACAGCUAAAAUAAUUUAAUAAUAGCCCAAAAACAACAAAUAUCGUGAAUGUGUGCGUGAGUGUGUGUCAAAGUGCAGUGUGACGCUGCAUUAUAAUAUAAUUAGCAAUAAAUAAAUGCGACCGCAAAUUCAUAGAGAAAGUGCCAAAAAAAAGAAAAGUAAACGCAUAGCGAUUUGUUAUUGCUAGAAAUUUGUUGUGCGUUCACCCGUCGUGUGUGUGUGUGUGUGUUUGUGUCUGUGUUCUGUUGUGUUGUGUUGUUGCUGUAUCGGCGCGCGAGGCGCUGCUUAUGCAAAUGUGCUGCGCUGCGCUGCGUCCUCACACAGCGGUGGCCCACAGAAAUAGCAAUUGCUGUUUGCGCCUGCAAGUUUUAUGAAUGAGUCAAGGCAAGGGGCACAGCCGCAACGUGAACAGCAACAGCAGCUGAAGUAGGUGGAGGAGGAGCAGGAGGAGCAGGAGGAGCAGCACUCGCCCAACCUUAACCGCAUCGCAUCCACACUUGCUACAAAAUGGCCUUCAGUUAUGCUUGUCUGGUGCUGCAGCGCGUGGUCGUGCCGGCUGUCCUGGUAUUGGCUUCGCUGAUGCGGCCCGUGGGCAUCUCGUUCGUGUACCUGUUGAUGUUCUUCAUAUCCCCGUUCAUACCGCUGGCGACGCGCCGCAACUUUAAGGGCUCCGUCACGGCCUUCUUUAUUAUACUGUUGGCAUUGAGCGCCUUCGUGCUGUUGGGUCACAUUGCGCUUCAGGUGGCUGCCGUCAGCGUCUCGUUGCCCAUUUACCAAUGCUCGUUCAGCGAGCGGCUGCUGCGGCACAUUGGCUUCAUGAGCUUCGUGGACUUGAAACCCAUGGCCAUCAUUGAAUGGCUGGCACCUGAAGUCCUGGUGUUUGCCACGGCCUUGGCCUGUUUCCUCAGCGUCAAGCGCUUGGCCAACCAAACACUCAGCGCCGAGCAGCUAGAGAAUGGCGAACUGCCAGAAGCGCAGUCGGAGCCGCCUGCCAUUGGCCACGAUUCGAAUGGCGCCGAUGUGCAACAGGCCACAGCCACCACGCCGCUGCAACAGCAACAGCAGCAGCUGCGCAAACGCGUCUCCAUGAUCAGCCAGCACAUACACUUUGAGGGCUUGAUCAAGAUAUCACCUCUGUUCUGUUUGGCUACAUUGUUCUUUGCGGCCGCACUGCGUCCAUCAGUGCCUGGUGGAUUUUAUUUUCUAAUAUUUUUGCUGGCGGGCACCUACUGGGCAACCUGCCAGACGCUGCAACGUGGCUUUGCUUUGUUGCUGCGCUGCGUCAUGGUCGUCCUUGUGCUGCAUUCGCUGUGCAUUGUCUCCUAUCAAACGCCCUGGAUGCAGAGCCAUCUCAAUCACACGAGCCUCACAGCACGUUUGAUUGGUCUGGAGCCCCUUAUCGAGUCGUAUUGCUCGCCCGAUAUACGCGUUCUACUCUACAAUAACACCUUGACCUUGGACUCGUAUCUGAAUCCGUUUGCCUUGUUCUUCGCCUACUUUGCACUGGCGCUGACCACAAAACAUCUCAUCAAACCGAGGCUGGUUCGUCAGAGCACACGCAAGACACGCCCCACACAGGAGGCGAGUGGCGCUGCUACAUCGCCUCCGACUGCAACGCGUGGCAAUGACAUACAGUUGGAUCAGCUGGAGCGCCGUUCGGAGCACGAAAAUAGCACCACAUCGAUUCUCGAUCAGAUCUCCUAUGGCUUUGUCAGCGUGGGCGGCUUUAUCUAUCAGAACAGCUACAUAUUCACAAAUAUACUCAUGAUGGCCUGGUCCAUUGUCUAUCACAGCUGGCUGACCUUCGUGCUGUUGCUGUGGGCAAAUGUGCUUUGGAUGAUACCGAAUCAGCGCAAGGCUAUGAUGCGCUCUAGUCCCUUCAUAGUGCUCUAUGCGGAGCUGUUGCUGGUCGCGCAGUAUAUCUACGGCAUGGAUCUGAACAACAAUGAGCUACCUACUAAGGUCUCAACGGCGGGCAUUAAUCUGCAGCAAAUCGGCUUCGAGCGACCCAUCGAGAAUCAUAUGCGUCCCUGUGUGCCGCUGAUCGUGAAGACUGCCUUUGUGCUCAUGUUUUGGGUAACGUCGCGUCAGUUCUUCAAGGAGAAGCGCGAUAGGCGACGUGACAGCACCUUGGCUGAUAUUAUAGCACCGCUGCAAAUAACUGUCGGCUCAGCGGGCUCCACCUACCCCAUCAACGAUGGCAAGAAGACCUCGAAGUUCCUAAAGAAAGCCGGCGAUGUGAUUAAGAACUUACUAGUGCGUCUCUGGAUCUGGCUGCUGGUUUUAGUCAUCUUUUUGUGCGCCAUCACGGGCGAGGAUAUGACCGGCUUUCGCAUUUGCUACAUGGCUUUGUUCCUAUUCUUCUUGCUCGUCUUUCAAUCAUCGUCCAAGGCAUGGGUUAAGAUCAUGUAUGGCUUUUGGCUGUUCCUAAUCUUCUAUGCCAUGUCCAUAUUGAUAUUGAUCUAUACAUAUCAAUUUGAUAAGUUUAACACCUACUGGAUGGAGUACCUCAAUGUGUCCGAAACGCUCCAAGCUGAUAUAGGCUUGAAACUUUAUAAGACUAAGGAUCUGUUUUUGCACCUCGUCUCGCCUACGAUAAUUGUCAUUCUGACCGUCAUACAGGUGCAUUACUUCCACAAGCGUUUCAUUGCCUCGCUGCAGCAGCAGCCAACCUCUGUCGGAGCCCAGGGCGCCUUACAGGCGCCCAAGCAAUCGGAGCCUGGUGCCGUGGAGGCAGCUCAAUCGAAGCGUCGUGGCAGCGCCAGCUCCCUGCGUCGUUCGGUGUGCCACACAGCAGAGUCUGCUCCGGGUGUGGGGGCCACAACGGACUUUGAGACAUCCGUGCGAGAUUUAGUGCGCAUCUCAUUUCGCAAAAUCAAAAACAAAUCGGAAUACAUAUUCAAACGUUUCAAGACUGUCUUCUGGCGCUUUCUCGAGCUGCACAUCAUGAAGGCCGUCUACAUAGCCGCCUUUGUCUGCAGCGUGAGUGAGGUCUGUGUUCUGCACAUACUCUUCGUAGGCUUCUGCGUGCUGGGCGCUACAUCGAGGAAGUCUGUGCAAGUGGUGGUUAGUCGACUGAUUAGCUUUAUAGUCACCAUCAUUGUGCUCUCUAAGAUGAUAUAUCAAAUUGAAUAUUUGGAUCACAAGCAAUAUAACGUUAGCUGCUCCGACAAUCGCACUUCUAAUAAUGCCGAGUGGAUCGGUCUCACCAAAGCGAGCAAGGUGGAGGGCGGCUUGAUGAGUCUGCUGCGCACCUACAUUAUCUACAUGGUGAUUGUGACCAUGCACGCGGUCAUCUCGCUGCGUCAGCUGCAGAUGCGCGUCAAGAUUGGCGAGAACGUGGCCAAUCAGCCGAAGCUGCUUUUCCAGAAUAUCACACGUGCCGAUGCUGAACAGGAUUUGGUUGGCCUAGUCAAGUAUUUGCUUAACUUUGGCUUUUACAAAUUCGGCAUUGAGAUCUCGCUGAUUGCGCUUGUGUCGACCAUUACGUAUCGACAGGACAUUGUGGCUGUGGUCUAUGCCAUGUGGCUAGUAGUCCUGUUGCUGCUGAAGCGUUCGCAGUGUGCCAAGAUGUGGGGCAUAUUCCAAUCCUUCUUUGCCAUCUCCAUAUUGCUGCAGUACAUUGUGCUAGUGGGCCUGCCACCAAGCAUGUGCAUGGUUUAUCCCUGGGAUAAGGGCGCCUUUGGCGAGAGCAUUCAACGCUGGACCAUGCUGCCAGGCGCCUUACACUUCAAUCAUGUGCCCAAGCUCAUUUUCGACUUCAUUGUGCUCAUCAUUUUGAAUCGCCAGAAGAGCAUCUUCUGCAUCGAGCAGCGCUACGCCACGAACGAUGAUUAUCCCGGUGGCAGCAAUCGCAGCGUUAUUGGCGAUAUUGCACAGCUGGGACGAGUGCCCUUUGACAAUCCCACCCAUGACUUCUGCUCGUACAUACGAAACUAUUCGGAUAUAUUGAAAAACGGCGUGCUGUGUGGCUUCUACUGGUUCACCUUGGCUGUGGUCUUUUUGGCCGGCACAAAUAUUGCGGAUCUACUGGCUCUUGGCUACUUGAUUGGCGCGUUUAUUUUCCUGUGGCAAGGCUCUGAUUUCUAUUUGCGUCCCAUCAACACAAUCAUCAGUCGCUGGAAAUGGCUGCUGGCUUUCAAUGUGACCAACAUCGUAAUCAAGACGAGCAUUCAAAUGGCGGGCUGCCUGUUUAUGACGCCGUUGACCACCAACUGCUGCUGGCUGGUGCAUAUGCUGGGCAUCACCUGCACAAGCAAUGUGAUCAACGAUCAGGAGCUGAUGCCGGGCGAGGAUGCGGACUUGUCCAUUGGACCCAAUGAAUGCCCCAAGAUCACGCAUCAAGUUGUCCUCCUGUGGGAUGCCAUUUGCUUUGCUUUCAUUAUAUUUCAGCUGCGCAUCUUUAAGUCGCAUUACUUCUGCCACAUCAUCACAGACACAAAGGCCAAUAAUAUACUCGCCUCCAGAGGUGCGGACAUUAUUGAGAGACUGAGGCAAAAGCAAAUUGCCCAUCGCCACGAUCAUGAGAAGCAGGUGCUGCACAAGAUCAAGCGGAAAAUGGAGCGCAUUCGAGCUACGCAGCAGAAGAUGCUGCGUCCACUGGACAAGCAAACGCACUUCGAUGGGCGACGCACGCCUUUAGAGCAGAGCUUGGCUGAGGAGGCGCCUCUGGCGCAUCAGAGCAGCUUUGUCUCCUGCCAAGGCUCGGGCUAUCAGACGCCAGAUGGCGGUAGCUCGAGCUCGAGCUCGGGCACAUCGUCGCCAGCGCGCCCCUCCGUGAUGUCGAGUCACAGCAGCAGCAGCAGCGCCGAGAGCGUGGAUAGCGCAGAUGCAGCUGUCAUUAUAGAGCCGGAGAUUAACAUAAUGCCCUGCGAGGAGGAGCUGAACUAUGUGGAUGUGCAGUCGUUGAGUGAGGAGCAUUUGCCAGUGAUCAAACAUCGGAGCCCUGUAAGUGCUGUCCUUGGGUAUUGUGUCACAUUUUCAACUUGUACCUUGCCUUCCUCGAAGCCCAACACGCCCAGCACGGACGCGCUUUCAGCUUUGCUAACGGAAGGUUUUCUGGAACCCAAGCGCAUCUCAUUGGGCCUGGCGCCGUCGGAGCAAAGUGCACAAUUGAACAUGCAAACCCUGGUGCCACCACUGGCAUCCUAUGCCACUGCUUUGGCCUCCAGUGCGGGCAGCUCGGCGAAUCUGACGCCCAAUUUGCGCCGCCAGCAUCGUCGACAGUCGUCCACCAAUGCAGCUGUGUCCUGGAACGAAACGGUGUCCAUCAAGCGUUCGCCCCUCAAGCAAAAUGUGUCGGCGGAGCGCGAGGAGCUGGUUACUAUGAGAGAUAAGUCUCUGCAUCGCCGUCAUCUGAGCAUGGGCAAUGCCAACUACUCCUUGGAUGAGGCACAACGUGUGCAGCGUUCCAGCAAUUUGUCUGGCGCCCGGGACGAGGCGGCAUUAAGUGCUGCACAGCGUCCGCAUAGCUGGGGACCCGUUGGUACGGCCUACCAUAUGGAGUCGCUGAUGUGCGCCUUCUAUGAGCCCGCAUUGCUGCAUGGACCAUCUACUCGUGCCGGCGAUUAUUAUAUGUUUGAGGAAAUGGAUGAUAAAUUCGAGCUGGAUCUAAUACACGAUGAAAUCGAUUUCCUCGAGGAGGAGAACAUUACGGAGAGUGAGAUGAAAAUGCAGCGACGCAAGACUCUAUACGAUGUUUGGAAGGAUCUGAACGAUGCGGAGUAUCGGCGCCAUUUGUAUAUGCGCGAGCGUUCGUAUGCCUCCGAGCCGGGCUCCCGCAUAGCACUCAAGGAUAUGGCAGCCAAUAGCCUGGACGAGCGGGAUGAGCUGACAGAGCACGCCGCUGUUGCCGGCGAUGAUGACGACGCUGACGAUGAUGAUACCAUCGAGUGCGAUGUUGGUAUACGCACCUCGACGCUCUCCGAGCCGCUUGACUUCGGGCGUCGCAGCCAGAUGCUGCUCGAUAAAUCAAAGGAUGCGCCCACAGAUUUCUUUCCGUCGACCAGCAAAGGCGUCUCCAAGGAGCGCGAUGCUGCCGGCACGACGAGCACCGCGAAGCUGGCCAAGGAUACUACCGAUUUGCCAGCUGCGGCAGCGCCAGUCGCCUCCAAGGAGACCUCGGAUAGCAAAUCGAAGAUGGAACCGGAUAGCGGCGAUGUGACGGCCAAGGAUUCAGAUGAGGACUUCGAUACGAAUCCCAUUAUACGUUUGCUGGAGGGCUUUUUGGUUACCUUGACCAUACGCCUGAAUCGCUUCUCGCGCAAUUAUCGCUUUGUCAAUCGAAUAUUGGCGGGCGAGAAGAAAACACUCAAGGAAUCCAGCUCGCUGAAUCGUUUGGGCAUAUCCAGCGCCGCGGCCAUGUUCCACUUUCUGAAAUCGAAUCUCGAGAGUGAUGAGCCAGCUUCAUCAUCUACACCGCGUCGCUCACUGCCGGCUAUGACAACAACAACGACGACAGAAACAAUAGUCACACCUACAGACAACAAUCACACCAGCACAACACUUGACACAACAGCAACAAUCACACCGCUCACACCGCCAGAACAAGCACACGUUACGCCAGCAACCAGUACGCCCCACCAACAAUCACACGCUGUCGAAGAUAUCAUCGAGUUGCCCGUAGAUACCGUUGAUGCAGCAAUCUCUAGAAAACAAUCAAUCAGUUCAUCGCCGCCGACCAAGGGCCGCAAAUCGGACUGCGGCCUACCAGAAAUACGUAUUAAAGCGCCAUCUAUUGAGCGCAGCGCGCAGCAACAGCUGCCGCCGCCGCCGCCACCGCCUCAGCCGUCGCACACGCCCCUUCAUCAUCAACAUCAUCCUCAUCAUUAUCCAGCGCUUCAUCAGCAGCAGGCGAGCAUUGGUUCGGGUUCGCUCAGCAAACACUGGUCCUACGAGCACGUGGACAGCGCGGGUGACUUUAACCUGGAGGAGGAGAACUUUGCUCAGCGGGAUCAUCAUAUCAUUGUCGAGGUGCUCAUCUCCUCGUGGUAUGCGCUGCUGGCCAACACGGAUCUCAUAUGCUACAUUGUGGUGUUCAUCAAUCAGGUUGUCAACGCCAGUGUCAUCUCGUUGCCUCUGCCCAUUAUGGUCUUCCUUUGGGGCACUUUGUCGCUGCCGCGUCCCACGAAAACCUUCUGGGUCACCCUGAUUGCCUACACCCAAGCGAUUGUGCUGAUCAAGUGCAUCUUCCAGUUUAAGCUGAUCUGGGCCAAUUACCAUGAUCUGAUUAAUCAGCCGUUGACUACAGCGAAGAUCUUUGGCGUUGAGAUGAAGACGCAUUAUGCUGUCUAUGAUUUGAUACUGCUUUUGGUACUGUUCCUGCAUCGCUAUCUGCUCAAGUCGCAGGGUCUGUGGAAGUCCGGCUACAAGGAUACUGACCAACAGUUUGCUAAGCCCACGGCCAGCAUCGAUGAUCGCGAGGAUAGCGAUAAUAUGUCACAGCCGGACUCGCGCCAGCUUAACGAGGACGCCGCCCAGAAGCUUAGCCUACAGGUUAGCCAGGUCUCGCUGCCUGGUUCGCCGGAAUAUAGCAAGUCGGCCAUCAAUCAAUUGGAACGCACCAAGUACACCUCGUCGCUGCACAAGUUCUUCUUCAGCCUGGUGCACAAAUCCCGACUGGCUACCGAUGUCUAUGCUCUUAUGUUCCUUUGCGACUUUGUCAACUUCUUCGUGCUGCUCUUUGGCUUCACAGCAUUUGGCACCCAACAAACGGAAAGCGAUGGCGGCGUCCAAACCUAUUUGGCAGAGAACAAAGUGCCUGUGCCGUUCCUGAUCAUGUUGCUGGUGCAAUUCCUGCUGAUUGUCAUCGAUCGUGCGCUGUACUUGCGCAAAGCCCUGGUCAAUAAGAUCAUAUUCCAUUUCUUCUCCGUGAUUGGCAUUCAUAUUUGGAUGUUCUUUGUGGUGCCAGCGGUGACGGAGCGCACAUUCAACUCGCUCGCUCCGCCGAUUAUAUUCUACGUGAUCAAAUGUUUCUAUAUGCUGUUGAGCUCGUAUCAGAUCAAGUCGGGCUAUCCGAAGCGCAUUCUGGGCAACUUCUUCACCAAGGGCUUCUCGAUGGUCAAUAUGAUUGCGUUCAAGGUUUAUAUGCAAAUACCAUUCCUCUACGAGCUGCGCACCAUUCUCGAUUGGGUGUGCAUUGAUAGCACCAUGACCAUCUUCGAUUGGCUCAAAAUGGAGGACAUCUUCUCAAAUAUCUAUCUCAUACGCUGCACACGGCAAUCCGAGACGGACUUCCCGGCAAUGCGCGCACAGAAGAAGGCUUCGCUCUCUAAAUUGAUAAUGGGUGGCACGAUUGUCCUAUUGAUUGUCAUCUGUAUUUGGGGUCCACUCUGUCUGUUUGCGCUGGGCAAUGCAGUGGGCACCUCGAAUGUGCCGUAUCAAGUGUCCUUAUCCAUACGCAUUGGUCCCUACGAUCCCAUCUAUACGACAAAUAACUAUGAUAGCAUCUUCGAGAUUGACUCCAAAAUGUAUGGCCAAAUGACGAAUGCCUUUAUCAAGAACAAACAAGCCUUGACCUUCAUAGCUGGCUAUGAUGCAACGGAUGUAGCUGCGGUCAAGCUGGCCGGCAAUUCACCUUCGCUGUGGAACAUAGCUCCGCCGGAUAGGGAGCGCUUGACGAAUGAUCUACGAAACAAUCAUACUCUGAUUGCGCGAUUUUCCUAUUCGCUGACCCGCAAGGCGCCUGCGAAGGGUCUCAAGGAGAAUGUGGGCGAUGAGCAUAUUAUCAAGCUGGACGAAACAUUUGAGGGACGCGCUGCGCUCAUUAAUAUGCUUAACGAGACCUAUGAGCAGCUGCAGGCCAAUGGCAAGAGCAAUGCCAAUGAUACCAGCAAUGCCAAUGGCACCACCAAUGCUAAUGACACCCUCAAUGCGAAUACCACCAAUUCAAAUUCAAGUGGCAAUGCCAGCGAAGUCGUGGUGGUGCUACCGAAUAUGAUACCCAAGUUCAUAAAGGUGCUCAAUUCGGGCGACGCUUUCGUCGUAACCGUGCUGAGUGGCAAGGAGCAGGAGUACCGGCCGCUGGUCAUUAAAAUGCACCGCGAUAAGGCUACCAACGGCCUGUGGUGGGAGAUACGCGACUUUUGCUAUGACAACUUUUACAAUACGACACUGAAGGAUUUGGCCUACAGCAACUGCAGCUCGGGCAUUGUUAUGUACACGUUCAAUGACAAGAAAUUCCCAUCGACUUUCAGUUUUCUAACAGCUGGCGGCAUCAUUGGUCUCUAUACCACAUUUGUGUUAUUGGCCUCGCGCUUUAUGAAGUCCUUCAUUGGCGGCCAAAAUCGCAAAAUCAUGUUUGAGGACUUGCCCUAUGUGGACCGCGUACUACAGCUGUGUCUGGAUAUAUACCUAGUGCGAGAGGCUCUGGAAUUUGCUUUGGAGGAGGAUCUGUUUGCCAAAUUGCUCUUCCUGUAUCGCUCGCCCGAAACGUUAAUCAAAUGGACCCGUCCCAAGGAGGAUUAUAUGGAUGAUGAUGGCGAUACCGACUCCAUACCCAGCCGCAUGAGUGUGCGUCGACCUGAGCAACUACAACAACAACAGCAGCAGCAACAGCAACAAUAACAUAGGUCUAAUCUAAAUGUUUGAGUUUAAUUAGCCCAUUGUUUCCGUAUAUUUAAGUACGUUUAUAUAUAUAUAUAUAUAUAUA